AUGGCCAGACUCAUUCACAGCACUCAGGAUCCAAACGUUGGCUUCGUCGAAACGCUAUACCAAACCUGCUCAACCGCUCUGGUCCAUCUAUGGAGAUCACGGCUUCGACUAACAUUGCUUGGCCCGCAAAGAAACACCUUCAAAAAAGAUGUAGCAAAUAUUCGGCUGUGGGAGGAAAACUUUCCUCCUGGUCAGCUUGACGUCCUUUUGGGACAGUCGGGCCAUUUAAGGACCAACGUGGUCGAGAAUUUGAAAGGCGUCGGCAAUAUUCUGAUGCCCUACUUCGCGGGUUGUGAGGGAAACACCACCAAUGCACAGAAUGAGCGCAGCCCCGUACGACAUCUCGCACGGGAACUUAAGACUCAAUUAGAGAAGGCCACGCUCAUGCUUUCUGACGAAGACGGGUCUAAUUCGUCUUCGGAUGAUGAAGCAUCUGACGACUCGUCGUCAACCACCGAACGCGAACAGAAUCGCUUUGGACGACUCCACUGCUAUAUCAGCUGCUUGAUGGAUCUCGCACCCGUGAUAGAGAAGCAUAUUCUAUUUGUGCAACGUCAAGUAGAACCAGAAUCUACUCUCUUUGAAAAUGAUUUUCAUAUAUCGCACAAUGCACAGCCAUUUGCCAUGCGCAUCCGAGACCGAUUUCCAAGCGCGCCAGCUCUUCUUGUAAAGCGACUGGCAGAGGCUAAUUGGGAAAGGUCCGUCCGCAUCGGAGCGCAAGCAGAAGAGGAAGAAGAACCGUCUGAAGAGGACCAUAUUGCGAAUCGUGACGCUCGCACCCUUUUGAAUCCUUAUUCCCAGAUUCAUGAUUCUGGACUUGUCUCUUCCAUGCGAAACCGGGUUGACUGGAAAAUGCAUGAUUUCGGGAACUUGCAGUCGUAUCUCUGCACACAUGAAGAGUGCAAAGAUGCACCGAAGACCUUCCCAACCCGCAAGCUAUGGGAAGAUCACGAGUUCAACAAGCAUUUUACUCAAGUGCAAUGGCGCUGUUUUAGGUGCAAUACCACCACCAGCACUCAAGAAUCAUUUGUCCAUCAUUUAAUUACAAGCCACGGCGACAUCACAUUGGCUGGGCAUCGUCUGACAGCUGCAAUCUCAGAAGCUGAAGAGAACAACUUGAUUCCAAAUUUCAAGUAUCACAAGUGUGCGUUGUGCCCACAGGCUGGUUGGCAAACGUGGAAAGAGUACACCACUCACGUUGGACAACACCUGGAGGAAAUCUCGCUGGCAUGCGCUCCGAGAAACGGAGGUGGUAGCAGCGACAGGGACUCGACUGAUGACACAUCAGACAAUGCGAUCGAGGUGAGCGUGAUUAAUCCCUUCGGUACAGGAGGCCCUGAACCCGGUAUGGAUCCGGGCCAUCAAGAUCUCAGUAUUCCAAUGCUGCAAUCUGAAUUUUUUGAGUUUGGCAAAUCAAAGGAGACCAUCUCCGCGCAGCUAGGUGUGGCACGCCCCAAUUCUAUACCUCCUGGGUUGCCUUUGCAGGAAUUUCCCAAAAGUCUAUGGAGUCCAGUUGCCGAAGCUAAAUCUAUGGGGCAAAUAUACGACGUGCCUCCUCGAGAUCUCAUACGCUCUGAAUCUCUUGCGACAUCAUUCAAUGCAAACGAGUGGAUGGCGGAGAUUGAUCCUGUACCAUUACCGCCAGAACCUCAAAACCUCAGUCGCGAUCACUCCUUUGGCAACAGACCCUUAUCAAUUUCCAGCGCCCACAGGGUUCCUGGGCCGAGCGUCCCUGGCAAGCAUCCGGAGGAAAUCCGUAAUAUCGACAGGACAGAAUCUUGGUUCCGUUGUCUGGAUUGUAGCUUCACAAGCCAAAGCAAAUCUACCUUGAAGCGUCAUGUCAAUGAUCGCCACCUCCACGAGUGCGAGUACUUCUGCCCCAAAGCGGGGUGUGACUACAUGAAGUACCGGUGUGACAAGAUUCUGCAGCACUGCAAUGAACACCACCAUGAAGCCGCGGCGUGGGACGAGAUUGAAGUGCGGAAGAACCCGCUUCCCUGUCCACUCUCCUGCCCGUGUUGUCGGCUUACGACACCUGGCUGGAAGGACUUCUGGCAAUGCUACAUUGAGCAUUGUAAGGAGGAGCCUGUUCCGUCUAUGCAUUUGCCCCCCACACUGCGAGGCGAGUCAUCCUUUUCCACCCCAAUGGCAACCCCUAGAGCCAUACAGCCUAUGAUCAUAGAGCCUACAGCCAUACAGCCUACAGCCAUACAGCCUACAGCCAAACAGCCUAGAGCCGGAAGGCCUGGAGCCAUACAGCAUAGGUACAUACAGGUGCCCGCCAUGCAGGCUCAACCGAUACAGACAGAAGAUGAUACGGAGUGUCAGAUAGACAGUCAACCAAGCACGCCAGCAGUCACCCUUGAUGCAUGCCAGGAUUUCAGAAUUUUUUAA